GAGAGGCAUCUCCCAACCUCCAGGUUAUCACGUGAUCACCAAAACAGUUACCGUAUUUGAAAAUGUGAAUUUAUGAAGAGAGCUAGCACUUGUCAGGGUUUUUGUUCAACGGACCUGGAUUGUAUAAACAGAUAUCAUUUGCAUUUACUUACGUAGCGCCUUUCAGCGAAAACUUUUAACUGCAUUUGAGUCCAGCGCGCGCUCCGCAGUGGAAACAGAUGUGACUGGAUCUGGCUCUGUGUUGCCAAUUCCGCGGUUUUCCUGAACUGAAAUGCUUGUAUUAAAAUAUUUUACUUUACCCAAUUUAUAUAAUACCAGUGCUAAAACUGAUAGAUGAUAAGAAAUGGAGAUGGCAGGGAUACAUUUUAUCAGUUGUAAAUCUUAAGGUAAGAUUAUUUAAUUUAUGAAAACAGAUUUUGUGUUUAUGAUUACUGGUGUAUAGUGAUUUUUAAGAAUAGAUUUUAUGUGAAAUUGCUUAAGUAUUGUUUUUGGGGAUUGGGUCAUUGAAUCAUCGGGUUAUUUUUGGAUUCUUUUUUUCGUUACCCACAUCUGGCAACCCUGAUCUGGCUGCAGCACUUCUUCAAUGCGUCUUCUUUUUGGUAAGUCUUGUACAUUUAACGCAACGCAAUAUUAAUCUGCAAACACAUGAAGGAUUCAAAAAACUUUCUAAAAGACAACGUUUUGAAGGCUGAAAACCAAAUGCACACGUCUUGAUAAACUUUAUAACGAAUGCGCUGUAUACUUGCAUUUGCUGGCUUCAGGUUAACUUAGUUUGUGGGAACAGAUCACGGUCCAUUGAAAAUCGUAAUACUUAACGGUGUUAAUGUUAAUCUCAUUAUGUACCGAAUGUUUGAAUUGCUGAAAUGUCUUCUGAGUGCCUAACAAAAGAAGUGUUAUGAACACCUGAGAAAAUAAUGGGCAUUUUGUUGUGUUGUUACAUCAAAUUUUGUUGGCACAGGCACACGGGUAAAAUAUUUUCUGGUAAAGUAACUCCUUGCAUUUGUAAAGUAAGACAUUAGGUUAUAAGUGUACCUCAGACAGUAGUAGACACAUCAAGAGAGCAUAUUCGUCCUUUUUUUCAGUUUAAAGUACCAUGUUUCAUGUUUAUAUAUUUGCCAUAGAUUUCGAAUGCAAAACCUGUAUUAAAGGGGCCAUGGCACAAGACUUUUUUAAGAUGUCAAAUAAAUCUUUGGUGUCCCGAGAGCACAUAUGUGAAGUUUUAGCUCAAAAUACCAUAUAAAUAAUUUAUUAUAGCAUGUUAAAAUUACCACUUUGUAGGUGUGUGCAAAAAUGUACCGUUUGGGUGUGUCCUUUAAAAUGCAAAUGAGCUGAUGAAAUUCAAACACUGAUCACAAUGAUGGUGGUUUAUUGCAAUUAAAACUCAAUUGUUCUUUUUUCUGCACUAAAUGGCAGUGCUGUGGUUGGAUAGUGCAGAUUAAGGGGUGGUAUUAUUAUAAUAAGAGCUCCUUAUGACAUCAUAAGGAGAGCCAAAUUUCAAUGACCUAUUUUUUCAUGGGCUUGUGAGAAUGGUUUACCAAAACUAAGUUACUGGGUUGAUCUUGUUCACAUUUUCUAGGUUGAUAGAAGCACUGGGGACUUAAUUAUAGCACUUAAACAUGGAAAAAGUCAGAUUUUCAUGCCAUGGCCCCUUUAAUUGUUUCUGUUUCUUGUUUCAGAAGUAUGUUGUCUUGACUGUUAAAUAACUCUGGUCAAAUAAUAUCCUGCUGUGUCCACAGUUAUGUGAUGUCAUCCAAAAUGACUGUGGACUGCCUGUGAAAAAAUCCAAAUACUGGAGACUUUCACAGGAAGGAAACCUUCAUGGGAAGAUGAAAGGCAAACCACUGAACCUUGUGACACCAUGAGGAGAGUUUAUAUUAAAGGAGAUGUUCUUUGUGCCUUGAUUCUGUUAGCGCUCCUUUGUCUUUUGUUAUAUGCCCACCAAAGACUGACACCUGUAUGGGAAACUAUACACAUUGAACAUGUAUCCACCCUACGGGAACCAAUUGGAGAGCAAACAAAGCCUGUCUCAUCUAAACAUCAAAACGUUCUCCAUUGCCAACCUGAGGUUCAGAUCAAGCUAAAGGCGCAAUCGAAGGCCAAAUUCCAGAGUAAAUCUAAAACACGAACCAUGGCUAAAUCUCCCCAGCCUUCAACCACAUCACCAACACAUGCUGCCUUUGACUUUGAGGAUUACCUUCGAAAGAAAGAUCAGCGAGACUUCAAGCUGCUAAUCGAUCAACCAACAAAGUGUUCUUCUGGUGACCCCUACCUGCUCAUUGCCAUAAAGUCAAUAGCAAUGGACUUCGACAAACGUCAGGUAGUACGACGCACAUGGGGACGAGAGGGUGUCUUCCACAAUGAGGUGAACGCCAAGAGAGUUUUUCUUCUCGGUGUGCCCCAAAAUCGAACGGCGCUUCCGUUGUGGGACAAGCUGUUGGCGUAUGAGAGCCACAUUUAUGGCGACGUCCUUCUAUGGGACUUUGAGGACACUUUCUUUAACCUGACACUAAAAGAAAUCCACUUUUUAAAGUGGGUUAACACCAGUUGUCCAAAAGCAAAGUUCAUUUUUAAGGGAGAUGCGGAUGUUUAUGUAAACACCGACAACAUCCUGGAGAUGCUCAAGGAUAAAGAGAUAAAAAGUGACCUUUUUGUCGGAGACAUCAUAGUUCAUGCAAAACCAAUUCGUAGGCACAAAAGUAAGUACUUUAUUCCAGAAUUUAUUUAUGGUCAGGGGAUUUACCCAUCUUAUGCAGGCGGAGGAGGCUUUGUCAUGUCAGGAUAUACUGCCCUCAAGCUCCACCUUGGUUGCAAAGAGGUUGAACUCUUCCCCAUUGAUGACGUAUUUCUAGGAAUGUGUCUGCUGAGGAUCAGACUCCAGCCCACUCGCCACGAAGGCUUUCGUACUUUUGGAAUAGUGCGACCAUCUGCUGCACCUCAUCUCCAGGUCUUUGAUCCCUGUUUCUACAAAGAGUUAAUGGUGGUGCACAGCUUGACAGUCCCACAAAUCUGGCUCAUGUGGAAUCUUUUGCAUGAUCCCAACCUUCACUGUCAUAACAGUCAGGCUCCCACGACUUUUCCCUUUAAGUGGAGAAAUAAAGUUACUAGGACAAGUAAGAACAAGGCAAAGGAUGAGCUUGGGAGCCAAGAUUAUGGAAUGAAAGUGUUUGUGGAGCAUUAACUCUCUUUUAAAGGGAUAGUUCACCCAAAAAUGAAAAUUCUGUCAUAAUUUUCUCACUCUCAUGUUGUAAACCUGUAUACAUUUCUUUGUUCUGAUGAACACGAAGGAAGAUAUUUUGAGGAAUGUUUGUAUCCAAACUCAUCAUGAGCCCCAUUCAGUUCCAACAGUUUGGUUACAAACAUUCCUCAAAAUAUCUUCCUUCGUGUUCAUCAGAGAAAAGAAAUUUAUACUGGUUUGUAAUUUUCAUUUUUGGGCAAACUAUUCCUUUCAAGUCAAAUAUGGUUGUACUGUGAACUUAAACGCAAAACCAAAAAAGGAAAAACCGGAUGACAAUUGAUGUGAUAUCAUAUCAAGUACUACUUUUUUAAAGGACAAGUUUGGUAUUUUACACUUAAAGCCCUGUUUUCAGAUUGUUUAUGAUAAAAUA